UGAAUAGGUGGACCGGAAUAAUAAUGUUUGAUUAAAUCCAGUUGAAUCACGAAUUCCACUUGCCCUUUUUAUAGUCGAAGAAAAGAAAAGCUAGUCACCUAAGAAGAUGAAAACGAGAUGCAGUGUAAUUUCUCAGAUGCACCACCGGGCCACCUCCGAGCACCGUAUAGGACGGGCAUCGCGGCGUGCUUCGGCGUCUCAUUCAGCGUCCGGCAGACGGUGCGCAAGAGUCGCGCGGUGAGAACGUCCGGUGACCAGUGAAGUGAGGUGAUUACGCGUUUAUUUUGAACCGUGGAACAGUAGAAGAUGAAGGUGCUCCGUCACGCGCUGACGGCGGCGCUGCUGCUGGGCAGCGCUCGCGCGUCCAACGAGACUUCGACCGACACCUGCGAGCCCUUCCUCUGGGGCUCGCUGCUGGAAGACUGGGCCACCGCGCCGGGCUCCACUGGGAGACAGGGUCGGGUAAUGUCUCUGCCGCCGACCAAGGGUUACUACGUGUCGGAGCGCAUGGACCUGAUGCCGCCGCCGCCCGCCCUCCAGCAGGGCCCGGCCUACGCGCCCUACGACGAGUGGCAGGCCGCGCCGCCCGACCCGGGGGCCGACGGCAAGAUCGUCAAUAGGCCCCCCAACCCGUAUAAGGACAAGUUCAAGCCUAGCUAUCCGCCGCCAUCUCAAAACCUGCCCAUACCUCUGCAGCAGCCUCAGCCGCCGCACCAGCAGCAGCUAUACCAGCAGCCGCCGCACCCACAGCAACAUCACCAGCAGCCGCCAUACCAACAGCUACAACAUCAGCAGUCGCCGCAUCAGCAGCCACCAUAUCAGCAGCCGCCACACCAACAGUCGUCACACCAGCAGCCACCAUACCAGCAGCAUCAGCAGCGGCCGGCCGCGGACCGCGUGGACGCGCCGGCGACGCCGCCCAAGCAGGUGUCGGAGACGGACCUGUACCUGCUGACGGCCAUCGAGAAGCUGGUGUACCGCGUGGACCUCAUGGAGAAGCGCCUGCGCAAGCUCGAGGACGCCGUGCACUACCUCGUCGUCGGCAAGGACACUAAGCCAGGCACGGACUGGUGGACGGGCGGGCUGAACCCGGGCCUGCUGUGGAUCUGGUCGCACUCGGCGCGGCCCGUCGCGCACAACGCCACCGCCGGCAACGCCACCGCGCCCGCCGCCACCAUCGUGGGCGACGGCCGCUGCCUGGCGCUGGUGCACGACCCUGCGCUGGCCACGUAUGCGUACCGCGGCCAGGACUGCUCGCUGCGGCACCACUUCGUGUGCGAGCUGCCCGAGGACAAGGCCAAGCUCAGCAACGAGAUCGAGCGCGUCUCGCGGGAGCUGCGCGCGGUGGGCGGCGGCGCCCGGCAGGCGAGGGUCGCGUGGGCCGAGCGCCUGGACAGUUUAUAGAGGUAAGAGUUCAGUCUGAGUAACUAGCAUCGACUCGGACGUCUAUUUUGUCUAGCUGUAGUUCGUCUAAAGCCUGGUCCGUGAGC